AUGGAUCAGAAAGAGAAGACAGGAAAGAUCAAGAGAGCAAGACAUGAUGAUGAUGAUGAUGCUAGAUGUCAACCCGACCAUAUUCCUCUUGAUCUAACCUUGGAGAUACUCUCAAGACUUCCUGCGAAAUCGAUCUUGAGAUCUCAGUGUGUGUCCAAGCUCUGGUCUUCUUUCACCACACUUCCGAGUUUUGUCAGCUCUUUUGCGUCACGCUCCUCUUCACGGCCACCGAGUCUUCUGGUCACAAUAUCACAGAAUCCGGACGGGUCAUAUCCUCAAGUCUACAGUUACCAAAUAACGUCAAAACCUACAUAUUGUAGCCCUUAUCUUGAUACGCGAGCCGAGAGCGUCCAGGGCUUGUUCUUAUUACAAGGAUAUUACAAGAUUUGGAACCCAAGCUUGAGACGGUUUUCGACCUUACCACAUCCCACACAUAGUCAUGAUGAUAACUGGAUAUCUUAUUUAGGGUUCGAUCCAUUGGAGGGUAAACACAAAGUACUAUGCGUAUCGCAUAAAGAUUCCCAACAGCCUCGUGUUCUUACAUUGGGAGCUCAAUAUCAAUCUUGGAGAAUAAUAUCCAAAGGUGUCCCUAGGCAUUGCCCCCUUAGUGGAGACCAUGGACAAUGCUUCAAUGGUAUUCUGUAUUAUAAAGCUCGUGCUAUUGGUGUCAACGAUCAUCCUAUAAUAAUGAGCUUCGAUGUCAAAUCUGAAAAGUUUUUCAAACCGAUAAAGUUUCCCGAGACUUAUCCUCGUUUGGCACCUAAUACGAUGUCGUCUUAUGAGGGAAGGCUAGCCUUAGUUAGAUAUAGAAAUUAUAAUGCUUUUGGUUAUAUUCAUAUAUAUAUUUUGAAAGAUGCAAAUGGAGACGAUUGGACGCAAAAAAAGCUUUUUUAA